AUGGCUGACGCGAAACUCAUCCUCGUCACGGGAGCCACCGGCUUCAUCGGCGCGCACAUCGUCGACAACCUCUUGGACCGCGGCCUCUCGCACAAGGGCCGCCUCGAGUUCGUCACGGUGGCCGACUUUGAAAAGGCCGCGGACUUUAGCGAAGCCGUCAAGGGUGUCGGCGCCAUCAUCCACACCGCCAGCAACUCGUCCUCCCCGCCAUCAACGGCACCCGCUCCAUCCUCGAAGCCGCCGCCGCCGCCACCACCAACCCCCAUCCGCCGCAUUGUCCUCACCUCCUCCUUCGCCUCCGUCAUCGACCUCAACCGCACCGCGCCGCCCUUCUUCCGCUUCACCGGCGCCGACUGGAACCCCAUCACCUACGAAGAAGCCGUCGACCCCGCCACCACCUCCGUCAUCGCCUACCGCGGCUCCAAGAAAUUCGCCGAGCGCGCCGCCUGGGAUUUCAUCCGCGACAACAAACCCUCCUUUGACCUCGUCACCCUGUGCCCCCCUUGCGUCAUCACGGCUCCCGAGCUGCCCCUCGCCCGCGUGCCCUUUUGGGUCGACGUGCGGGACCUCGCCCAGGCCCACGUCGAGGCGCUCCUGCGGCCCGAAGUCGGGGGUCGGCGCUACGUCCCCGCGUCGCCCGAACACUUUUCCUACGGUGCCGUGGCCGAGUUCCUCGUGGAGGAGUUUCCCGAGCUCAAGGAUAAGAUUAAGCUGGUGACGCAGGCGGUGGACGACUCGCGCGGUAUUGAUGGGGAGCCCGUGACGACGGAGCUGGGGGUGCAGUAUCGGCCCCUCAAGGAGAGCGCGAGAGAUUUGGUGGCGCAGAUGUUGGCGUUGGAAGCGAAGAAUGCGGCGAAUUGA